CGGUGCGGCGGGCGCUGCUCUGUGCCAUCCCCAUCGCCAUCCUCAUCCCCGGCCCGGCCAGCGCGCACCCACAGCCACGCAGCACGGCCGCCCCGACACCCGGCCAUCCCCUCCGACGGCGCAGGGUCCCGGCUGUCGCGGAGCCUUAAGCCCCAGGUGCGGGCAUCGGGAGUUCCUUGUCUCCGGGCGGUCUGGGGCAGCGGCGCCUUGCGAACUGCGAGGAGCUGAGGGGUUGCGUGCUUCCUGCACCACCUGCCUUUGCUGCGCUGCCGAGGAGCCAUGGCUGAGGAACGCGCCGGCGCCGACUGGGAGAUCGACGUGGAGAGCCUGGAAGGGGAGCCGGACGAGGCACCCGGUGCUCUGCGCGGCAGCACCGGCCCGGAGGAGGAAGAGGAGGAGGAGGAAGGCGAGGAGGCGGCGGCGGCUGCUCCGCGGCGGGGCGAACCGCGGAAGCUGAGCCGCACUCCCAAGUGCGCCCGGUGUCGCAACCACGGCGUGGUGUCGUGCCUGAAGGGACACAAGCGGUUCUGCCGCUGGCGCGACUGCCAGUGCGCCAAUUGCCUGCUGGUGGUGGAGCGGCAGCGUGUGAUGGCCGCCCAGGUGGCGCUCCGACGGCAGCAGGCCACCGAGGACAAGAAGGGGCUGACGGGGAAGCAGGCAAGUCUGGAGCGCAAAGCCGUCUACCAGAGGCACGUCCGAACGCCCAGCCUCUUGGCCAAGAGCAUCCUGGAAGGUUACCGUCCUAUUCCAACAGACUCUUACCUGGGAGGGAAUUCACCCUUGCCACCUCCUGUAAGUGACAGGAUGAGAAAGAGACGGGCUUUUGCUGAUAAGGAGUUGGAAAACAUUAUGCUAGAGAGAGAGUAUAAAGAGAGAGAUAUGAUGGAAGCUACACAAGCAGCUGCCCUUUUUCUCCCCAACCGUAUGGUGCGUGGAGCUGAAUACAAUUCGUAUAAAACAGCCUUCAACACUACUCAAGUUGAUAAUCCAAACAAGGAAUUUUCCAAUUUUUUACCAACCUGCCUUGAUCUAACGAUGCAGUAUUCAGGACCUAGCAACAUGGAACUAAUUUCUUCGAAUGUCAGUGUAGCUACUACCUACAGGCAGUAUCCCCUGUCUUCUAGGUUCUUAGUGUGGCCAAAAUGUGGCCCCAUUAGUGACGCUCUCCUCUACCAGCAAUGCCUGUUAAAUGCUACUGCUGUCCAAGCUCUCAAACCUGGCACAGGUUGGGAUGCCAAGGUCUCACAAAGUCAGGACUGUCCAAACACUGAGCAUGACAUCAUGCCUCCGAAAGUGGAAAAUUCAUUUGUUCUAACUCACGCGCGAGACAUUCAGCAGUCACGUAAUGAAAUACUGUGCCUUCAUCAGGAAGCUCGUGAGAGGUCAGCUUUCUCUCCUCCAAAAAGAACUUUCUCCCAGAUUUCUGAUAAGGGUUCUCUGUCUCCUCAGGAACAGGCAUUAAGCAAGAUCAGCAAAAACAGCACCAAGCCCUCUCCACCGCUCAAGUACAGUGCAUUUCAGUCACUGUUCCACCAGACAUUUCCUGACACUCCAACAGCAGAGUUAAGAAUGUCAUUUGUGAAGGAGACUUUUGAAGAUGCUUCUAAGAAAUACAGGGAGUGUGCUGUUAAAGAGAACCAAAAAUACAAGUUUACUGUAGAUAAAUGUGCAAAAGACUUUUUUGGGGCGAAACAGGCCACAACAAAACUUCCAGCAUCUGAGCCACUGUCAUUUUCAGUUGAAUCCAUCCUUAAACGACCUUCUUCUGCUGUCACUAAUGUCUUUGAAUGAAUAAACUUUACCGUCAGAGUAGGGAGUCUUAAGCUUUGCUUUCUGCAGAAUUGCUCCUGCCUGUCUUACCUCUUAAAAGCUUUUUAAAGAGGAAUUUCUGCAGUAAAUGGUAAUGCUUUCUUUUAUUUCAAAAUGAUGUACAUAUAUAUGCAUGUUUUCUGAAAAACAGAUUUAAUUUUUUAAAAUUGAAACUGCAUGUACA